AUGUCACUUAAAUCCAUCACUUUCUAUGGUCAUGCGAGCGGCGCCAAUCCUUGGAAGGUCGUCAUGGUUCUCGAGGAGCUUGCAAUCCCUUACACCCAGAAGAUCAUGGCUAUGGUCGAUUUGAAGGAGCCCUUUGAGUCAAUCAACCCCAACGGCCGUGUCCCGGCCAUCCAAGACCCCCAAUACCGUCUCAUAUAUUCACCAAACCAGAAUAAUAAUAAGUAG